AUGGAUUGCAGCAAAUUGACAGAAGAUGGGACCCCUGAGUUAGGAAUGGAGUUCAACAGUGAAGAGGAUGCGUACAAAUUUUACAAGAAGUAUGCCUUUAAAAUGGGUUUUAGUGUAUCUAAAAACUAUCUGAAUAAAGACAAAGAUAGCGUGACCACGUCUAGGAGAUAUAGUUGCUGCAAGGAAGGUGUGAAGCGCAAGUACAAAGGUGAUGUGAUGCCAAAGAGGACACGAGCGCCGACGAAAACAGGGUGUGGAGCUAAAAUGGUUAUCAUAUUGUUUAGAGGGACAAUGAAGUACUGUGUGCAUGACCUUGUCUUAGAGCGUAAUCAUGAGUUGCACAUUACUCAAUGUGCGCACAUGAUGCCAUCACAAAGAAAAGUGAGUGUGGCUCAAGGAUUCCAAGGUGAAAUAAGCGAGGAUGCUGGGUUUUCAAUGAAACAGAGCCAUGAGCUUAUGGGAAAGGAGGCAGGUGGGAUGGGUAAUGUGGAUUAUACUCGGGAUGAUCUUAAACGAUAUCUUCGAACGAGACGGGAAAGGAGCUUGAAAUAUGGAGAAGCAGGUAGCAUGAUAAAUUAUUUUCAAGAGCAAACACUGGAGAAUCCAUCCUUUUUUCAUGCCGUACAGCUGGACUGUGAAGAAGAGAUAACGAAUAUCUUUUGGACUGAUACAGGAAUGUUAAUUGACUACAACUUUUUUGGAGACGUAGUCACAUUCGACACAACCUACAAAAAAAAUAAAGAAUACCGGCUACUUGGAGUAUUUGUGGGUUUUAACCAGCAUAGGCAAAUUGUGAUAUUCGGUGCUCACAUUAUGUAUGAUGAGACGAUAGAUUUUUUCAAAUGGGUGUUUGGUACAUUUCUAGAAGCAAUGUACGGAAAGCGUCCAAGUACCAUACUAACCGACCAAGAUCACGCCAUGGCAGCCGCUCUUUCAGUUGUCAUGCCUGAAACAUUUCACAGUCUAUGUACGUUUCACAUAAGGCGUAAUUUUAUGAAACAUCUUGGCAAUCACUGCAAGGAAAAUAGUGAUCUUCUAUACAUAUUUGGUGCCUGUAUCUAUGAGUUUGAAGAAGUGGAACAAUUCAAUAGGUUCUUUAGACAUUUCAAUCGGGUGGUUGAUGAAAAGAGACAUAAUGAACUGAUCGCAGAAUAUGAAAUGAGGCAAAAGCUGCCCAUGGUAGGGUUAAGGCAAACACCUAUGUUUGUGCAUGCAUCAGAGACGUAUUCACCAACCAUAUUUGUUACAUUCCAAAAUAAAUAUGGCGAGUCAACAGCUAUGAUUAUAUUGAGACAACAAGAUGCAGCGAUGUUUAUGGAGUUUACGGUCAUGAGGUAUGAUGGAGGACCUGAAAGAAUAGUGGUAUUCAAUCGGAAUGAUCUAAGUAUGCGUUGUAGUUGCAAAAAAUACGAGAAUGAAGGCAUUUUAUAUGGGCAUGCAUUGAAGGUGUUUGAUACCGUGGGUAUAAAAAUAAUUCCUCCUGAAUACGUUAAGAAGCGAUGGACAAAAAGAGCUCGGGUUGGAGACUGUUUUGAUCGGCAAGGAUGGGAAGUUGUGGCUGAUCCUAAAAUAAUGAUUUCAACUCGUUAUCGGGAGUUCGCCCCAACCAUGAUUAAGGUUGCAACUCGAGCAGCAAUGUCGGAGGAUACCAGCAAAGUAGCAAUCACUGUCAUAUCCGAUUUGGCAAAGAGAAUUGAGCUCCUCCUCUCAGAAAGCGAAGAGCAACCUUUGCAAAAUGAAAAAAAUCUGAAUAUGGAGGAACGGGAUAAAAUUGAAAUCGUAAAUGAAAUGGAAGAGGCAGUAGUCGUAAGAGGUCUCAGAAUCGGAGCCGACAUCGGUUUCAUUUGCAGAAUACAUGUUUAUGGGAUGUCGUUCAUGUGUUGGAGAUUAAUGAUACUUUUGUGUAGGAUGGACGUGCCUAGUGGCUCUCGUGUGCGAUCGAUCGCGAAGCAAGGCCGUGGAGUACUUCCUAUGAUCAAGUACCAAAUCCGCCCGAGAGGGGCGACUCUACGUUGGAGUCCGGCAAGUCGAUUUCGACGUUGUGAGUGCCGUCACAAGUUUGCCUACCCCAAUACUCUUGUAUUUGCGGUGGACAAAGAACGAAAAGAGUUGGCCAAGGAUUAUGCUAAGAUUGAAGCCGAAGUGAAACAAUUAAGAGAGGCCAACAAGAGGCAAGCGGAGCGUAUUAAGGAGUUGGAGUAUGACCUGAGCGAAGGUCAAGAUAGGGUGGAUGAUUUGUGUACGCAACUUGGGGAGAUGCGCAAACGUAUGACCAAGAGGGCGAGACAACUGAGGGAGAACGCCGGAACAAUGUUAAAUUUGUGUGAAGACCUACUAGGGGAUGAGAGUGUCGAGAGUUCUAGUGUAGGAGGUGGGGUUGGAAGUGAACCCUCCCAAGCGAAUAGGUCCUCUAGUCCCACAGUAGGUUAG